GUUGACAGUGAAACUGGUCGUUCAUAAGCGUUCAUCAUGUCACUGGUAUUCGCAAUCAGCAUACUGACUUUCUUGAUUGUCAUGGCUUGCUCAGCUGAAUAUAUGGAUCAGCGUGGACGAGAGUUUCUACUUGGAUUUCCGCUCUGGCCUAAUGCGUCCCAAAGUGGCUCAGUUCGACUGCAUGUACGAGGGCCGAAAUACACCAACCUUACAAUUGAAAUGGUCGGGUCCGGGGAAAUUAACAAUUAUACCAUUGGGCUUUCAGAAAAUCUCACAAUCCACCUACCGACAAAUGUUGAAUACAAUGGAUCAGAAACACCUCAUAAUAAUAGUGUCCGAGUUUUGAGCACUGCUGAAAUAUAUGUUUAUGUCAUUCGUGGAGUUUCGGGGGCUUAUUUUGCAGUACCAAAACUGUCACACUGGUCAAAAAAAUUCUACGUUGUGUCCCACUCUCCAUCAGGUGGUGGAUACUCCUACUUUUCUAUCAUAGGGUAUGAAGAAGCAAACGUCGAGAUUAUUUUCAGAACGGAACUAAACUGUGGGUCACUCUCCAUAACUCCUCACGUACCAAUACGUGUUAGAAUCUUGCCCAUGCAAAUGUGGAGUAUAUACUGUUCUCAAGAUUUGACAGGAACGUACAUUAAAAGCCCAAAGCCAAUAUCCGUCCUCUCUGGUACAACCUUUCCGGAAGCUGCGUAUGGGGGGAAAUUUGUAGAAGAAAUGUUACUACCUAAAGGUUUCUUUGGGAGCAACUUUGUUCUUCCAACCAUUUCAGGUGAAACUGCGGUUUUGAGAAUCGUCGCAUCAGAAAAUGAUACGGCCAUAUACGCUGAGGGGGGCCUAUAUUGUUAUAUGGGAGCUGGUGACUACGUGGAUGUGGUCACGGACGACGAAGAUGUGCACUGUCUUAAAGGCACACGUCCAAUCCAGGUAGUGUUGUUAGGGAAGCGAGCAAAUGGCAGCUCCCACAGUGUGGAUGGCUUUCAAGGGGAGCUGGUCAUGGCAGCCGUACCUCCUGUUGAACGUUUUCAGAUUCACGACAAAAUUGAUAUAUUUUCUGUUGCUGGUGAUGGACUUAUUAGCCAGGUGAUGUUUUUCUUUGAAAAUGACACUGACAUCGAGAUUGGAGGAACUGCAAGUUCUUUCUUUGAAUAUUCUGAAUGUUGUAACCAUGUGAUAUCCUACUUAGUGGAUAGUCAACAGACCAUGCUGGUCAUGCCAAAGAACUUCUCUGUUGGAGUCAUGCAGCUGGCUACUUCCGGGAGCAAAGGAUUCGGGCUGACGAUGGGGUGGUCUUUUGAUCCUCCAUUUUGUCCCAGGAGAUCUGGAUUCACGUACUUCAACACCUCAGGGCUCUGUAUUAAGGCAUUCACCAAACCGGCCACGUGGAUGGAGGCCCGUACCUUAUGUUGGGAUCAGAGGUUACGCCUCGUUGCUCUUGACACACAGGCUAAGAUCGACAGCAUCAAACAAUCCCUGAAUGACAAGCUUAGCGAACACUCGUUUUCAAUUGGUCUGCACGCGUUCUCGGUGCUGUUUAACAUGAACGCGUACAAGUGGAUCGACGGGGGAUCUCUUGGUAAUGCUCAGGACUGGCUGCCGCAGCAACCACAUAACUUCAGUUCGUGUGUCCGGUUGACCUCAAAGGACAAGAACGUUGGGUGGGAGAGCGUCCUUUGUGACGUUACAUCCGGCUAUGUCUGUGAGAUGGUGCUAGCACAGACACAAGAUGUCCAACUUUUUUCGGGAGAAUGCCAGUACUCCCACCCAGGAUGCCCCACGGCUGACGGUUACACCUACAUAUACGAGGCCGAGCUCUGUGUCAAGCAUCACCCUCAGCCCAAGACGUGGAUCAACGCUGCUGCUGCGUGUCGUGCUGAUGGAGACCGCCUCGUCACGGUGGACAGUGACUCGAAACAACACUAUCUGCACAGAGUAUAUCGACAUAUUUCACCAAAGUACUUCAUAGGCAGCUUCUGGCGUAACUUGACCACUGGGCAGUGGGUGUGGACGAACUGCUCCCCACUGACCUAUACCAAUUGGGAUGCUGGUGAACCCCAGGACAACGACGGUCAUUGUGUGCUGACCUUCCCAAGCGGUUUCUGGCACGACGUCCAAUGUGGUGAAGUCAUGCCGUUUAUAUGUGAAAGAUCUCUGUCAACUACAGAUGAUGGUGACAUGUGCGAAGAAAUGUCAUCAUUAUUUUCGUCUUCGAUGCUGAUAACGACAUCACUGCUGCAGUCAUCAUCUUCGUCGGUACUUGUCUCCGAACCGUCUCCAACCCUCCAAGCUACUCUUUCACCGCACUCAGGCGACAGUAAUGUUGUCUCAACUGAGACAGGAGAGUCAUCGACAUCGGAGAUCGACUUGAUUUCACCAGUGGGGUUGUCUUUUGGUGACACUCUAUCGUCAACAUUUUCAACCGAUACCCCACUCGUCACCAGUCAGACUACAAGGGCAUCGUAUGGUGACACAGUGUCAUUAACACCUUCAAACGAUAUGUCAUCAACCACCAACACAGACGUCAUUCCCAGCAGGAACAGUUCUGAAGUUUCCGAAACAUUUGUGGAGUCAUCCUUUUACGAUAGUGGCAAUGCCAUCAUGCCAUCAACCACAUUCUCUCUCCUAGAGUCCCACGAAACUUAUGUAUCUCAUAAAAGUACAGGGUCCCAAGACAAUUUGGGACUCAAUGAAAGCUCAGGACCCAAUUUGAGUUCAGAUUCCUCCACAUUAGAAUCACCAAUGUCAAGAUGGGAUACUGACCCUGUGUCGAGCAGCAUAAUCUCAAAUACUUCUCAAGAAAUGCAAGCAGAUAUUUCAUCGGUUAAUGGUUCUGAGACAGGUGUGACUGAAAGCUUGGAAACUCAAAGCGUACAUCAUACGUCCUCUUACACUGGCGAAUCACCAGCAUUUACAGAAAGCCUCACUUACACCACAACCCUCAUCCCAGAUUCAAACCGUGAGCGAGUUGUCUAUCAGAUUUGCAGGUGUUCCUGUAUUCCGGAGAACCGACUCGAUGACCUCUUGACUCAUUCAGUCCACGCAAAAAAGAAGGCGAUUAGGGAAAACCUGCUUCUUGAUAAAAGAAACUUGACGAAGACCAUCAUAAAAUACACCAGUGCUACCGAUGAUCGAACCUCAUCCACCAGCAUCGGUGCUUCUGGGUUGGUGUUGAUUGUUUUCACAGUUCUGCUAAUACUUUCUUCCGAUGUUCUUACUUUCUUUCAAAACAGACCAUAUGAAAGACAAAAGCAUCAAGAGUAGAGAUGCCAUUUUUUGGUAUGUACUCGUUCAGGUUGCGUGUUUGAUAAGUAUAAUAUAUAUUUUUUGAAUAUUGACUUACAUCGUAUUAGGAUUUGGAAUUACUCAAGUAGCACUGAAAACAUAAAUUAAAGUCUGAUAUACAAGUAGUAGUUAAUACGUUGCAAGUGAACAUAUGAUACUAUAUGACAUUUAACUGAAACAAUGUAUACAUUUCAAAGAUGAAUUGUACAAUGGAUAGAGAUUUAUUUCACAGUAGAAACAUGAUUCGAGGCAAACAGGUGUGAUUUUCACACAAUUAAUACAAUGUUUUGCCUUUUGUGCCCAGUGGAGUCUGUUUCGGUGGAUAAUCAAUACUGAUUAUUCUCUAGCGUUGCCGUUUUGAAUAUAAUGUAUCUCCUAAUUGAUAUAAAUCACCAUUGUUGCCUUCUUUUGUAUUGUAUUAUAACGGGAGUCAAGUCAAUUGAUUUUAACAUGUGCAUAUUAAUGUUUUGAAUACAUUCGCAUACACCUAUUUGUACUUUAUAACACUUUUUUUGUAAAUACAGUCUAGUUGUCGUGACAAUGAAAACCACCUGAGGAUAAGUACAUGUAUGUUAAACAUUCCCGACUAGAAAUCUGGCCCUGAUAACCAAACACCAUCGCGGAACUUUGCAAUGUCAGUGACGUAGCCCAUCGAUUUAAAGCCAUCACACACACACGCCUUAAGACAAAUGUUCCUGUUUUCGCAAUAUAUACACUCAGUUAAUUCUCAUGCACUGACGUAUAUUUAACCUUUUGCACUUUGACAUGAAUUUACAAUCCAUCAAAAUGCAUAUUCUCACACUAUAAGCGUGACGUCACCUCUUCAGAAAAAAACAUAACCUUAUGAGUGAGUGAGUUAAUAUUAACUGUCGCAUCGGCACUAUUACAGCAAGAACAACUUUUUAUAUCUCCACUCAUGUCAUAAAUGCAAAAUUGUAUUUAAAAGCAAAUUUGCCAAACAUAUUUCAGCAUAACAAUAUUUUUUACAGCCCUUGAAAACACGAGCUAUAAGUCACGAGCAACAAAAGCUAGGAAAACCUCGCUGGUGAUUCGCGAUGCCAUGACAUUCAUUAUCCACUAACAGGCGCCAAUCCACUUUCGUUAACUUUCAAGACUAUUUUUUAAAUUAAAGUUAGAUAGUACCAAAUUAUGAAAAGUUUCGCAAAAGAAAUUGCCUUACCAAUGUAACGUAUCUGUUACUAAAGUACUCACGGAAAUGAAAAAAACCCUGUUUUUUCGAUCUCAGAUUUUAAAUAAAUGCAGUUAAUAUACAAAAUGUAUAAAUA